AGCUCUCAAAAUGACAGAGUGGAGCAUGAAGAACCUCAAAACCACAUGUCCCAAGGAAACAGAAGAUCAUAAUACUACUGCACAGUCAAGCAAGAGAGGCGCACCCUACAUUCGAAAUGGUGAUGAGAUAUUAACAGUAUGCAUCAGUCAAAAACUAAUCCUUGAACAGAUAACAAUAGCGCUCCAAAUUCCAAAACCAAAGUUUGAAACAAAGCACUUUAUUGGAGGACACCACAUAAUCGAUCAAUAUGCUUCAACUGCAAGAAUCAGAAUCAACUAUCUGUCAAUGCCAACUGGCCAGAGAGAAAUAUGCACCAAGAAAGAAAAGAGAUUUCAGUGCGCAGAAGAAGCCGAAGAGGCUGCAGCGCAAGAAAUGAUCAAAACUCUCUGGAAAGAGUUCAACAUAGAAGUUGAGGAUGGGGAGCGACGUCGGCGUGGCAGAACAUCUAAAGUGCAGCGACUCAAGAGAAAAAAUCGAAUACUCGAACAACAAAAUAAACUGCUGAUGCAAGGCUGGGGGCUCACAAUAGAGAAAGUUCAAACAGCACACGAGUUGAUGGACGCAGCAAGAUCCUCUGCUUUCCAGAUGUGUUGCUCCCAUGGAGAAGGAGACAAUCAAGAGCUGAUCAACACUUUGUCUGACAUAGUUUAUGCAGAAGAAAAACUACGAUUAGUGCUAUCGAAUGUGCCAAGUCACUCACAUGAGCAAGGGUGCACCUGGUAGAAAUUGUAUGUGUUCACUUUAUUUUUUCUGUAUUUCCACAUCUUCCGAAUAAAUUUGUAAUGAGUAAUGGUUAACAUUUGGGAG